AUGGAUUCUCCUACCCGCCUCACGAUCCUUAUUUCAGGCAGUGGUACAAACCUUCAAGCCGUUAUCGAUGCUAUCAACGCCAAAACUCUUCCCGCAACAGUUGUGCGAGUAAUAUCCAACCGGAAAGAAGCGUAUGGCCUCGAGCGGGCGAAGAAAGCUGGUAUACCCACUACCUACCACAAUCUAUUAUCAUAUAAGAAGAAACAUCCAAACACUGAAGAGGGAGUGAAGAAAGCUCGAGAGGAAUAUGAUAUCGAUUUAGCACGCCUGGUACUAGACGAUAAGCCUGAUCUUGUUGUUUGUCUCGGAUUUAUGUAUGUGCUAUCAAAGAAGUUCCUGGAUCCAAUGACAAGUGCUGGCCUGGAGACUAUAAACCUACACCCUGCACUGCCAGGUGCCUUCAAUGGAACUCAUGCCAUUGAACGGGCCCACGAAGCCUGGCUAGAAGGCAAAAUUGACAAGACAGGAGUUAUGAUUCAUAAGGUCAUAGCAGAGGUUGACAUGGGCGAACCAAUCCUAGUACGGGAGAUUCCGUUUAUAAAGGGGGUAGAUGAAGAUCUAGAGGCGCUGAAGGAGAGAAUACACAAGGUUGAGUGGGAGGUGGUCAUUGAGGGAAUAAAUAUUAUGAUAAAGAGGAUGCAGGAGAAGAGUUAG